UUUCUUUUUCCUCUCUCAGAAUGCUGUCUGUCUCAAUCUACAUGUUACAUGUAAUGUACAUGUACAUGUACUGUACAUACUGUAUGUGUUCCCCUAGAAGAGACAAAAGCAGGAAAAAUACUUUCUACUGGUUUCAUCAUUUGCAUGCAUAUAUGGUGUUGAUCCUAGCCUGUUCUCUCUCACCUGAGUGAACUAGUUAUAUUUAAGUAGCCUACUGCUGCGUACUUCUCUGAUCAUCUCAAGCCUAAGUUUCAAUCCAGUUCACUCAAGAUAGAGUGUAAAAAGUUCAGCUUCUGCAGCCCCAGCCAGCCAGCCUACCUAUGUAACUUUCUAGUCCCGCGUCACUAUGGGCUGUUGAACUACGGAUUAGGCUAUUAAUAUGAAUGCCGAUUCCUUAACUUUUAGAUCAAAAUUGCUUAUCAUGAACAUGCCUUGGGAAAUACAGUACCCACAUCUGGCAAAUUUUAAUGGACUGGAGGAGUUGAUACUUGCUGAAUAUAUAUACAACGGUUGAAUGUUGUUGUUUGGGUGGGAAUUAAUUGAGUUUGGUGCCCGGCCAAGCAAGCAACUCCUUAUUUAUCUUAUUUAUCUUAUCUAUCUGUCUUCGAAUCGACCAAACCCAUCCCAAAAAUACUCCGUUAAGAAAUAAGUACAUACAUACAUUAUGCAUGAAUAUUCCGCUUUGUGAUAAUAAUAACAGACAGAUGGGAUGAACUACAAUACGCCAUCCUCCCACAACCAACUCGCUCGAUCUUUACCUCGAUUAGAGAAAACGCAUGUUGUCCAUCCGCCCUAGUUGUUCGAUGAAGUCCGUCCCCCUUUCCUUUCCCCUUGUCUCGGCGUCGUCUCGUCCUCCCCACCAUCCCUGAACCCAUACCAUACCCUACCCUACCCUCGCAGACGGGACACGAAACAUAAUCCAUCAAUAACAUUUGCGACAGCAUUGCUAUCGAUAAUAACCGUCUACAACAUUGUACUGUACAAUGGCAACCAGUAAUAAUAAUAAUAAUAAUGAUGAUGAUGAUGAUGAUGAUGAUGAGACUACAAAAUCCCUCCAUUCCCAGCAUCUCCACCGCCGCAGCCGCCGCACUCUCCUAAUCCGCCUCCUCAUCGCCUCCAUCCUCGCUCUCGCCCUUCUCCUCGCCAUCGGCACCUACAGGCUCAUCCACAAUUCCCGCAGACGGCCCGAGCCCACCAUGCCGCGAAAAGUGAUGACAAACUUCCCGGAUCCCGGCCUGCUGGAGUAUAACGGGACGUGGUAUGCGUUUGGCACGAAUCCGACCGCGGAUGAUGAUGAGCCGGACUUUCACGUGCCAAUUGCGAUGCCGGUGGGUGAUGGUGGCGGGAAUGACGGGGGGUUCUUUGGCGAGUGGAAGCAUACGGGUCGUGAUGCGUUGCCUGAGGUGGCGAUGUGGGAGACCAGGAGGGAUCAUUGGGCGCCGGAUGUCCUUACGAGGCCCGACGGCCGUCAUCUCCUCUACUACUCCGGCGAGCUCGACGUCUGGCGCCGCCACCACUGCAUCGGCGUCGCCGUCUCAGAAACCACGGACCCGCGCGGCCCUUACAAAGCUGAAGGCACCUACCUCGCCUGCCCCUCCGCGCACGGCGGCGGCAUUCACCCCUCCGCCAUCAACGACGCCGACGGCACCAUCUACGUCGUCUACAAGGGCGACGGGAACAGCAUGAACCGGUACCCCAGCGGUAGCGAUAGCAGCGAUUGCACCCAGGCCAUCCCACCGCUGCGGUCGACGCCGCUGCUGCUCCAGAAGAUGAAAGCGGACGGCAUCAGGGCGGACGGCGAGGCGGUGCAGAUCCUCGACCGGGUCGAGAAGGAGGAUGGCCCGCUGGUGGAGGCACCGAGUCUGAUCCGGAGCGCGCAGGGGGUGUAUUUCCUGUUCUAUUCGAGCCAUUGUUCGGAUUCGCGGGCGUAUGAUGUCAAGUAUGCGACGGCGCGCAGGAUCACGGGUCCGUAUGUGAGGGCGGAGAGACCGUUGUUGAAGACGGGGGAUUUUGGGCUGGUGGCGCCGGGCGGAGCGUCGGUGUCGAAGGAUGGGGGGAAGAUUGCUUUCCAUGCGGAUUGUGGGGAUGAAGGGAGGUGUAUGUGGGUUGCGGCUGUUGAGAUUGAUGGGUUGGAGGCGAGGGUUGUGGCGUCUCCGUCGUGAGUUUUGACUGUAUAUUAUUAUUUUAUUUUCUUGCUGGGAUAACUUAGUUAUUUAUUUAUUAGUUCUGGAUAAUAAAUACCCAUUUGGCAUUUUACUAUUUUAAUGGGCUCCGUUUUACUCCCAUCACAUCACCCAUCUAUUACUAAUAAUUAAUCUAAUAAUAAGAAUUAAAGAACAAGAUUC